GUUCCCAACGGACCAGCGAAGGAGAAACAUGAAGGCAGCAGUAGUCCUGUGUGUGGUGGCGGCGGCGUGGGCGGCUCCCCAGGGCGGCUACAACUACCAGGCGCCCGUGGUUCAGCAGCCCGAGUACCCGUCGGUGCCCGCCCAGUACAACUUCCAGUGGGACGUCAACGACCAGAACUCCGGCAACUUCUACGGCCAACGGGAACAGCGCGACGGCGACAACACUCAGGGCAGCUACUACGUCCAGCUGCCUGACUCUCGCCUCAUGAGGGUCGACUACUACUCCGACGCCAGCGGCUUCCACCCCACAGUCACCUUCGAGGGCGAGGCACAGUACCCAAGUGCCCCUGCCCAGGUUUACUCUCAGCCUGCCCCUGCCCCUACCCAGCAGUACUCGCAGCCUGCCCCUGCCUGCCCCCACACAGUUUCUACUCUCAACCUGGAAAAUAAUUUCCUCCCUGACCUACUGCUUGCCUUGACUCUUUACCAUGAAGAUGGAAUGAAGACUCCAAAGCUGUUGUCUCAUCUUCUGCUAGACUUCCGAAGUACUUUUUUUACCACUGAAUCUGCGAUAAAACCCACUACGAGAUUUUCCCUGUGUUGGGUAUUUCCUCCAAAGGGGACUAGUUGGAGGCGGACGGUAUGUGUCAGAAAUCAUGCAGAGGAUUAUUACAAGAGCGCUGCUCCUGGGUACUUUGGAUCGCCAUCUCUGAAAACAACAACCUUUUAUCCCAUUGUCACCGUUAAUGCUUCAGACUGCCAAAUAUUCGUCCUGUGCAGUAUGCCAAAGCGCUGGCGAUCACAUGUCCUUCAUUCAUUGCGAUGGGGAAGAUUAGGCUCCGCCCCUUUGGCCGCUGCUCGACUAUAUAAAGGAAAGGAGGCUGAGCGGGUCAUCAGUUCACCCUCAAUUCUCCAGCAAAGAAAUCAUGAAGGCAGCAGUAGUCCUGUGUGUGGUGGCGGCGGCGUGGGCGGCUCCCCAGGGCGGCUACAACUACCAGGCGCCCGUGGUUCAGCAGCCCGAGUACCCGUCGGUGCCGCCCAGUACAACUUCCAGUGGGACGUCAACGACCAGUAUUCCGGCAACUUCUACGGCCAACAGGAACAGCGCGACGGCGACAACACUCAGGGCAGCUACUACGUCCAGCUGCCUGACUCUCGCCGCAUGAGGGUCGACUACUACUCCGACGCCAGCGGCUUCCACCCCACAGUCACCUUCGAGGGCGAGGCACAGUACCCAAGUGCCCCUGCCCAGGUCUACUCUCAGCCUGCCCCUGCCCCUACCCAGGUGCUCCAGCCUGCCCCUGCCCCCGCCCCCACACAGUUCUACUCUCAACCUGGAAAAUGAUUUCCUUCUUCGAGUGUCGGGAUCUGCUUCUCUUUUCCUUCAGUCAUCGCACACCUUUCAUGAUCUGAACUUCGAUAUUCACCAUUCAUUAUCUUCUACAACCUAUUUUGUUUCCUUUUCUGUAAUGUUUACACGUUUCUUUAAAUCGAUAUAUUUUUAUAGAGAUUCCGAGAGAAUAUUUUUAUAAUAAAACUGACGAAAUGACCUUGUUA